UUAUUUAUUUCUCUUUGUUCAAUUAUAAUUAUGAUUGUGGAAUAAUUUCUUUUUUAAUAUUCUAUUCUAUUGAUCAAUGGUGAUGAUGAUGAAGCAAAAGGAUGAUGAUAAAUAAGAGAAAGAAGGAGGAACCGGUCAGGUAAGAAGUGAGAAUUUAAUGAAAAUAGUGAGAGAGAAAGAGAGAGAAAUGAGUGAGCGAAAUCAUUUCAACUCUUAAGGUUGUUUAGUGUUGGUGUUUUUAUUUUAUUCUCUCAGUUGAAAGUGCAUCGUGUUGGUGAGUAAAAUUUAAACAUUUCCAACUUGCAGAAUAUCAAACAAACUACAAUCAGUAAACAGUCAACAAUCAACAGGUAAACAUUUAGUUACCAAUCAUCAUCAUCAUCAUCAAUAGACUAAAAUAUUUAUAACAUAAUCUCAAUUACAUGUUUUUUUUACCUUCACGUUGUGUUUGUGUUUCUCAUCAUCAUCCAAACCAAUAAUAUUGAUGGAGAUAAUAAAUUUUAUCAUUAACAACAAUCUAAAUAAUUCCCGUCAUCAUUACCAUCAUCAUUAUCCGUGAAAAAGAGACACCAAUAGGUCAAAAUUAGUGACAUAUUAUUGUCAUAAUUGUAACUUAUCAAUCACAUCAUUUACCUGACAAAGAAAAAGAAAUCAAUUCAUUUUUUUUUUCUAUUCUUUUCUCCUCAGUGUUUUUCUAUUCUUCAUCCUCCAUAUUGGAUUAUAAUUGAUUCUUUUUAUCGAAUCUUUUUUUCUUUCUGUUAUUUGUUUUUCUCUUUUCUCUCCUCUUUUGUUUUCUGUUCUUUUCUUUCCAAGUGAUUAAAAAGAAAUUGUUUUUCUUUUGGUGGUCAAGAGUAGAGAGAAAAUAAAUUAAAUUAAAUGGCUUUCAGACGGAAAGAUAUUAAAAAAUCUUCUUAUUAUGUUUGGUUUCUUGGAGCUAAAGAAGCUGAAGGUCUACGUGGUGAUGAAUUUAUUUUACCUGUUCUUCGUUAUUUAAUUGACCAAGAAGGACUUUCAGAGGUAUCAAAGGUAACCCUUCAAGUUAGCAACAAAGGAUUGAAAAUAAUACAAAAUGUGCCAAAAAAAUCAUCUUCUUCCUCAUCUUCAUCUGCUAAAUUAAGUUUAUUAUCAUCAUCUUCUUCAUCAUCAACCUCAUCAUCUACAACCACUGGUGGAUCUUCAGGUAAAACUGAACAAAUUAAACACCUUAUACCUCACAAUGCGAUUACCUGUGUUGUCCAAGAGGAGGAUUUGGUUGCUUGUAUUUUAUUGAUCUACAAUCCGAUUACCAAAUGUCCAGUUCAUGUUCACGCUUAUCGAUGUGAUUCAAUCGAAACGGCUUCGUCUCUUCGUGGACAAUUACAAUUGCUAAUUGAGAAACCAGAGAAUCAACGUAAAUUUCGAGAGAUUGAAUCACGUCUUGUAUCAAAAGGAUUAACUGUUAAUCAACAACAUCAAUUUCAUCCUCAUCCUCAUCAACUUCAAAAUCUUCAACAGAUUAAACAACAAGAAACAUCCAUUGAUUUAAAUCGUAAAUUUAAUCCACUUGGUAAACGUUGUUCAUCUGAGAGUCGUUCAACUCGAACAGAAUCAUCAGAUCGAACCGAAGAUUCUUAUGAUUCCGUUAAUUGUGGUUCGAAAGAGGGUAAAUCAUUACCAAUUGAAUUAACUCUUGGUAAUCCCAAAGUUGCUAUUCUUUAUGAAUCUUUAGCCGCUGAAUUAAAAGCUAAAUUAUCAAAUCCAAAAAGUGGACCCAUUUUAUUACCACCUAAAGAUUAUGAUACAAUUAGUCGUAAACAAGGUAAAUUAACUGGAAUUGAAGCUCGAAAAAGUACCAAUUUAUCAAUUAUUGGUCCAUUGGAAACAAUAUCAUCAACAUCAACUUCAACCUCAUCUUCAUCACCUAAACAUAUAAAUGGAUUAGUUAAAAGUGACAAGAAAAAUGGACUAAUUGUUGGUGGACCAACAUCAUCCCUGUCAACCUCAUCCUCCAAUUCAUCACCAUCAGUACUUAAAAGGUCAAUGGUCAAUUUAUCUUCUCCAACAACCAAUUCAACCUCUAAUCAUCACAAUCAUCAUCAUCAUCACAAUCUCCCUAACCAUUGUCUCCGAUCUGAGUCUAGUUGUAAAUCAUCAAGUGGAAUAGGUUCAGAUGAACCUGAUCAAUUAUCAUCAACAUCAACCUCACCCUUUAACAAUGGUAAGGGAUUGAUUAAACUUAAAUCACCCACCACCAACAACACCACUAACACCAAAGUUGGUGGUAUAAUUAUGACAACAGCAGCUAAAUAUCAUGGUGACAUUUCAUCAGAUGAUUCUGAACGUAAUUGGUCACCAAUUGAAAGUGGUGGACCUUCAUCAUCAGGAAGUGCAACAUCCUCUGGACUAUCAAGACCAAAAUUAACAACAACAUCAACCAAAAUAACAUCAAAUAAUAGUAAUCAAAAUAAGAUAAUUAUGAUUAAAACACAUUCUAAUAAUAGUAAAAAUCAACUGAUUCACCAUCAUAAUCAUAGUCACAACAACAACAACAACAAUAAUAAUAAUAAUAAUAAUAUAAACAAUCUGAAGACAGUUGAAAAAUUGGAAUCAAAUCGAUUAAUCAAUAGCCAUCAUCAACAACAAUCAUCGUCAUCUUCAUCAUUAUCUUCAUCAUCACCAUCAUCAACAACCAAUCGAGUCUCAAUUCCACCCCCAGUAAUACCCAAAACCACAAUAAUUACAACACCAAUCAAAACUGACCUAAGAAAAGUUAAAAAUGACCUUAGACCAGUAGUUACCGGGGUUACCCCACAUUCAACAUCAACACCACCACCACCAGUAUCAUCAUCAUUAUCAUCAAUGAUGAUGAAGGAAUCAACUAAAUUAACAUCAUUACCGGUAACAAUCAAUUCUAGUAAUCACAAUAACAACAACAACAACAAUAAAGGCAAAGCUGAUCCACCUCGUUAUUAUUUUCCUGAUCAAAUAGUAACAAGUCAAAAUAAUAACAAUAAUAAUAAUGGACAAUCUAAAAAUUUACCAUCAAACGAUAUUAAUCAUUAUCGUCGACAAUCAACUAAUCAUCACAGUGAAAGUUUAAUCAAAUCAACUUCGAAUGGUAUUAAUAACAAUAUAAUUAAUAUAACUAAUCCUUGUGCUCGAUUAAAACCAACAACAGCUCGUGAUUUCAUCAGAAUUCAACCAUUAGCUAAUUAUCAACGUAGCCCAAUUUCUUACUAAUUGUAAAUGUUCAUUUUAAAUUAGACUUUAAAUCAUCAAACAUCAUCAUUAUAAGAUUGGGAACAAUAAUGAUUCAAAUUGUGACUUUAAUUGUGUGUGAUUAGUGUAACGUUACAAUGUUACCCUAGUCUCAAAGUGAUUCCAAUAACAUUUUAACGUGUGUUUAUCAAACCAUUUUCAUUACAAUUACUUAAAUCACUUCAUUUUUUUCUUCUUAAAUAUAAAUCACAAAUGAUAAUCUUCUUAAUUUUAUCAUCAAAACUUUCUUAAUAUUUACCUUAAUAUCUUAAUUGAUACAAUAAUAAUGAUUCUGAUGAUUUCUCUGAUUCUGGUGAAAAGCUGAAUAAUGAUGAUAUUAUAUCAAGAGAAUCUUGUUGAUUAUCUUAAUAAAAAAAAAUUCUUUCAGUGUUAAAAGGUUAAUGGAACAUCAGAAAAUUAAUAAAAAAUUUAAAUUCUGAUUAUUAUUACAAUAAUUGUAAUAAGAAGAUUGAAAAUUCACAGUUGAAUGAUAGAAGAAGAAAAAUUGAUUCAAUGUUAUUGUUGCAAAACUUUUUCUCUUCUUAUUUUCAUGAUGAAUAAUAAAAAGAAAACUUUUUUCUUCCUCUAAAACAA